AUGGGCGCCGGGCAGUCCACACAGCAUGAUUUCGAAUUCACCGAUCCAGAUGCUGGCCUGGAAGAGGAGUUCCGAUGCUGUAGCCAGUGCUUUCAGCUUUUUGACCGCGGCUUGCCCCGAUAUUCGAUUUCCCGCUGCGUCAGGGGCCAUCGGGUCUGCCAAAGCUGCUAUCAAUUUUCACUUAAUAUGUUUGGGCCGGCAUUCUGGGAAUCCGAAAAGUGCCUUUCGUGUGAGAACCGGGGGGUUUAUCAAACACAGGAAGAAGCGGCGGUACGACCGGAAAAAGAUGAGGAUUUGACUGAGGGAGCAGGACAAUCGAAAUCUUCAACGGCUGGUGCCUCCACGUCAAAACCCGGACCUUCCAACAAGAAUCGCAACAAAAAUUCGAAUUCGGUACCCGCAAAAAAGUCGGAGCCGGAGCCAGAGAUCAACGAAACAACCCAUUGCACCGUUUGCAAACAAUUGAUUACGGCUGGGCCGCAAAUCACGCUUGAUAUUUGUGGGCAUAAUAUGUGUAUGGAAUGCUACAACGGGUUGAAUUCGGCAGAGACUGCUGAAGACUGGGGAAAACACGCGAUUUGCCGCUUUUGCGACGACCCAUGGCCCAAACCGAAGGAUUCGCCUGAGGUCCGCGCUUUCCAACUGAAGCUGUGGGAACGGGGAUUUGUGGCCUUCCUGCUCCAACAGCGCAAAGACAUGGACUCGGAAAUAUUGGCGUUGGCUGCCCGGUGGCAGGCCACGAUAAAAAAUCCGGCGAAGCGAGAAAAGGCGUUGGAAGCUGAACUAAAAGAAUUGCGCGCACUAAUGGCAAGAAAGGAGGCGGCCCACAUCGGAUUCAUGACUCAACUGGGCAUACACAAGAGAUUCGAGACAGUAAUGAAGGAGCACGCAAACGCAGCCAAUAUGCUAAGAAUCGUUAAUAAAGAGAUGAUCAGCCGACUUUCGGCGAAUGAGAAAAAUCAGACCGAGCUGUCAAAAAAAUGGCAAGACGAAAAGGAGGGAAUGCGCAGUAUGAUCGAGCAACUAAACAACCAACUCAACCGCGUACAAGAAGAAAGCCAAAGCCGAAUCAGCGAAUUAAGCAAACAACUGUGCGGCGCACUGGCCGAAUGCCAACAAUUGCUAAAUCAAAAAGAAGAGACAACUAAAAAUGUUUCGUACAAUCGGACAAAAAUCGUGAUAGACAAGAUUCCGAUGAGCCACUCUCAGGAUGACGUUGUUAGUGACUUCCUGGAGAAUGGGGAGAAUUUGAUCUACUGGGAGGACAGCCCCGAUAUGUUAUUACGGAUGAGCGGUGAGAAUAGCCAAUGUUGCAUUGCAUACCUGGAUAAUAUAGCAGCCGCGGAAAAAGUUGCCACAAAAUGGGAUGGCGCUGUACUAGAAAACCAAACGAUUACGGUCAGUUAUACAGCAUUAAGCAAGCGAUGCCCGGCGAUUGCCAACGAGGCACUCAAAACAGCUUCUGAAGAAAGUCCAACCAAACCACCGAAAGUCGUGCCAACACCACAUGAGCCUUUGCCGGAUACGGACAAUACACGUCGCGUACGGAACCUACUAACUUCGGUGGAGCAAGGCACUUACAAGGGCGGCCAAGUCAUCUGUAUUUGGUGGUUAAAAAAUUCGUUCCACGAUCAAAAGUUGGAGACCCUGUUUGCGAACGUUCUGCAUGGCCUUGCUUGCGAUGAGGGAAGGCUAAAAUUUGAGCAAAUGGACACGCCGGUGGGCUCCAUGCUCUUUCUUUUCGCGAAGAAAAAAAAAUCCGCAUUGACGCUAGUGAUGGAGAUAAGAAAAAUGAGCUUUCUCGACGCUGCCGUGAAAUGUGAGCUGUAUCAGCAAUCGCGAGAAGUCCAAGAUCUGCUGCAUGACAAGUUCGAUAUCGCA